GGCAGCAAAAUUACGCUGCGUCAUCAUCAUCUGGAUAGGAAAUUGCGCCACUGCUCAGUGAGUAUGUGACCAACAUAAGAAAAAUAUUAGACCAUUUUCCACGACUGCUGUGAGGCAUAUGGUGUGGAGUUAAAUUACAGAUAAUCUUGACGACGGCACCGUCUUUAUAAAUCGUAACACUCCAAAAACAAGGCAUGGGAGCUGGUUCCAGUCAACCCAGUGAGAAUGAUGAGCAGUCCAUUGUACCCCAGCAGGACAGGAGAAAGACCUCUAACAGGAGACACUCUGAGGAAACACUGGACUGCCCAACCUGCCAGGGCACGGGCCGCAUCCCACGAGGCCAGGAGAGCAAAUUGGUGGCAGUGAUCCCCUGCUCUGAUCAGAGGCUGAAACCACGACACACGAAGUUGUAUGUCACUGUGUCGGUGACGCUGUGCUUGCUGGUCAGCUCGCUGGUCCUCUUCUUCUUGUUUCCUCGCAGUGUCAUCCUCUCACCUGUGGCUGUCAAGUCUGUCUAUGUUUACUUCACCCCGACCACUGUCCAAAUGAACAUCACGAACAUCCUGAAUAUUACCAAUGACAACUUCUUUACAGUUCAGGCCUACAACUUGACAGUGCAGGCUCUUUUUGAUAAAACGGUUGUGGGCAAGGCUGAUAUGAAAAAUGUCACCACUGUCAAACCACUCACAGACAAAACGUUUGCCUUUGAGAUUCCUGUCACGCUAGUGGAGGAGGGUCUGAACAAUUACUGCAAGAAAUCUACGAUCAAGAUCCAUACGUUAUUUGUCCAUCUUCAGAUGUCAAUGACUGUUUACUACCUGGCCCACUUUGAGCAGCUUUCCCUGGACACGUUUGAAUACAUCGACUGUGGGUCUAACACCACAACACCCCACCUCAUCAACCCUACACCCUGAGACCAAGGGCUCCAUGAGUGGCGGGAUGACUGAGGAGUAGGCCAUGAGGUGAACUGUGUGUUGUUUUUUCUUGAAAAAAUGCAAAUGUCCCUCAAGUUAUGGGGAAGAAAGAAACUACAAAAAUGUGGAGCUUGAAAUUAAAAUUAAAGCUCUGAAAUGUUAUGUUUGUCUUCCCUAUGCACCUCUGUAGCACUUGCUUUUUAAGUAGGGUCAUUGCUGUGGUUGGAGGCUCUGCGCUGUGAAAAUGACUUUUUUUUGCCACAUCCUACUGAAGGUUACUCUGUUUUGUCUUCAAAGAAACUGAAAGACUUGAGUGGACUACAAAUUUGCACACAUUUUUGAAGGAGUACUUUAGAUAUUAUAUUUUGGCAUAAUUUCUUAUAAAACAGGUUGUCGGUGUACUUCUACAAACAAGUACAUUACUUUUGUAUGCGUUUUAAUUUGUUAAAGUAGGUAAAACCAUUUAGCGUUCUUAAAUGUAUGCAUAACUAUGUAGCAUUGAUCACAUAAUGACUGGUAGAGACCAUUUAGAACUUUUCUAUGGCAUAACAUCGGAAUUACAGUUCUGUCUUUGAUUUGUACACUAUUGGGAUUGACUACAGACCACACAUUUGUAUGUUAAACCAUAAUCUCUAAUUGUAUGCUAAUUAUAACAGCUAUAACAAGAUCUAGAUAUUAAUUCACCUAUGGUUUUUACGUGUCACUGAAAUGGGAUUAUUGGGGUGGGGGGGGGGGGGAAAGGUUGUUAGGAAUCCACAUGGACUAGUAGUGUCACCAGGGGGGGUUUUGGAAUGUGGAAGCUAACUAAUUUACUCCCUUGUUCUUGCACUACAGCAUAAUCAUGGCAAUGUUUUCUGUGCCCUGUUCAAAUACUCAAUCUUUACUUCCUCUAUUCCUUGAAUGAAUGGUUUUAGUGCAUUGUUUUCACCUUUGUCAGAUCAGUGAAAUAAAUAAUAGAAUACAGUAUUGAAUACUUUAAAAUACC